GAAGUUCUGUGCUCAAGCUUAUAGAUAUGGCUCGGUCUAGAAUCGCAGAGAUUCUCGAAUGAAAAUAAUACCGUAGAAACCGUGUUGGAUGCGGAAUUGACUCCAGCAGUGCUGACUGCAGGGCAGGACCCCCGGUGCCUUUUGUGACUCCUUUGACAGCCCCCGCUGAGGGGACAAAAUCACCAUUUGCAUCCCCCCCUGUUGCCUUAAUCAAGGUCGAAUUCCGCACUGCUUCCUCAGCUAGUCUACGGCUUGCCUAUCUUGACUAAAUAUUCCGGGGCCAAAAUUUCAUCGCAUUCACCAUGACAGUCGAGGAAGAGCCGCCGGCUUUCCACCUCACAGACGUAGACCGAGCGGUCCUCGCUCAAACAGACGAGGAAUUCAUCUACCACGACUGGAAAGACCUGCAGGAUGUCAUCGCGCGAGGCGAUCUCGGCAUCCUGAGGCGGAAACCCUCCGAUCUGAUCCGAUAUCUCCAAUGGUCCAAAGACACUAAGGCCGAGUAUGGCACGAUCACCAACUACAUUUGCCAGCGGCGCCUAGGGUGGCAGUUACCGACGGAUGAGACCGCACCGGAUUUCAAAAACCCGAUCCCCUUUGCCGACCCCGCAGACUACAAGAUUCUCCGCAACGACUGGCCGUACGGGCUGGCGAAGGGCAUCGCGCAUAUCGUCGUCUGGUCGCGGACCCCCAUCCCUGUGCAGGAUGAGAAUGGGGUCAUUACGAGCGAAAGCCAUGCGCUGAUUGAGGACUUUGUGCAGCGCACUUUUGUAGACAGGCUUGCGAAGGACGGGAUUGAGGAUCCGAAGUCGCAUGUCUUGUGGUUUAAGAAUUACACCGCCCUUCAGAGUGUGAGGGGGUUGGAGCAUGUUCAUGUGCUGGUUAGAGAUGUUCCUGAUCAGUAUUUGCAUGAAUGGACGGGCGAAUAAGUGGGAUAGAGUAUAGAGUAGAGUUAAUUACUACGGGCUCAAUCUAUUGAGAGUAUAGAGAAGAUUUGGAAUGCCUCAAACGUGCUAGUAUUGGGAAUCCUGGACCUGAGUAAAGUACAAAUAUUAAGCACGGAAAAGUAAAAAAGAAACAAAUAAAUAGAUAUCAAGCUCCGAA